GACCUGAAUCUCUUAGCACAGAACAAAACAGUUUAUGAUGCUCCAAUUGUCCUACGUUUAGCUGAUCUGCAAAUGCGUUACCGAAUAAUUGCAAGUGGUAUUUUGCGUCCUUCGCUUCGAGAUGAAAUUUUUUGUCAAAUUCUCAAGCAAUUGACAUGUAACCCAAGCCCUCGAAACCGCGAACAAGGUUGCUUCACACCUUCAGAACGUUUAAUUCGCCCUCUCUAUCGUUUUCUCACAAUCCACGUUCCAAGUCAUUGGCUUAAGCUUUGUCUUCAACGUAUGAGGAACUGCCUUUUAUGCCCAACUUCAGGCUCGAUACUCUUUUGCUCAAGACAGGGCUGUGAUUUAAAUCGAAAUCGAGUAACUGGGCUUUCCGGAGUCUUCCAACGCAAUCAGCCUCCAAGCUGGACUGAAACGAAAAGUGUGUUUCAUGCUGCCGAAAAAUUGCUUCAAUCUAGUCAUCAUUCGUUCCAUCCUGACAUCGAAAUUGAGCUGGCCUCCACAAAGUGCGAAGGCGAUCACAUUAAUAAUAGGCAGGAUAUCAAUGCAUACAAUGAAAUAAACGGCAACGGACAAACUGAGUCUGGGAAGCAUAGAGCACAUGGAUAUAAAUAUAUUACUUCGGACCCAACAAAAGAGAUAGCUUACGGCCUAAAAAAAAUGGAAGAAAUGGAUUUAUAUGGCUGUCCUAUUCAGGUCACCUGUAUGGAUGGACGUACAUUGAGUAUAUUGGUAAAUAAUAUGAUGAAUGCUGGUCAGCUCUGCUUCGAAGUAGCUCGCAUACUUGGACUAAAAGACCCAUUUGGCUUUGCUAUCUUCAUCGGCAUAUAUGAUAAGCUAACUUCUCUUGGCUGUGGAAAGGAAUAUGUGAUGGAUGCAAUAAGUCUCGCCGAUGAGUUUACUCGGGAAAAAGGAGAUGAUAUUGACCUUGUGCCCUGGAAGCUAUUUUUUCGUAAAGAAUAUUUUGCUCCUUGGCAAGAUUCAAGAUCCGAUCCCGUUGCUACUGAGUUAAUCUAUAAUCAGAUCGUACGCAACAUUUUGCGCCGUGAAUUAGUUCUUGAUCAAAUGUAA